CUUUACUUUUCAACAUAACUUUGAACGCCUCCUCCAUCGAGUCACAGGUUCCUCAGUUUCUUUUGGUUUGUUCACCGACGUUGGCACAAUGAAUCCUGUGGUUACCAGUUUCUUCGCCCUGCUGUUGGUCCUCUUUGUCGUCGACUAUGUCCAGAGCUGUGCUGUCUCCAACGCAAACGUCAACGCAGGAGGAUGUGGUGGAUGUGGUGGAUGCGGAGGCUGCGGUUGUGGUUGUGGCUGUGGUUGUGGUGGUUGGGGAGGAUGGGGCGGUUGGGGCGGUUGGGGAGGCUGCGGAUGCGGCUGGGGUAGGUGUGGAUGUGGGCCUUGGGGCUGGGGUUGGGGUAGAUGCGGCUGUUGCUGCUAACCCAUCGAUCAUCCGGCUGAAAACUUCAUCACUUCAAAAAGUUCCGGUUCGAAUGGACCACGGAAUAGGUUAUGAACAUCACCUCAAAAAAUAAAUAUGACUCCUCGUCAAAAUUUAAUGUAAAAACAUCGCUUGCACGAAAAACUUCCAAAUUAGGAGGGAUUAACAAAACUAUUGAAAUAUCGGAAAAUAUGUUUCUAUCACACGCAUAUUAUUAGCUGUCGAUCAAUCGUCAAUUCAACCUUUUCUCUUCUUUCAUGAUUUUUGUAAGUUCACUAACACUCAUGGUGCGAUUUUUAGAUUUCAAGAAAUAAUCUGAAUUGAGGGGCUUGGAGGACAAGGCGCAUAAAUGCAGUUUUUGAAAAAAUUGAGAUUUUAUUGAUUUCAAAUAAAACUGAUCUUGAUGCAUCUUCUGUGAAAAAUUGGCCCCCAAAUUCCAAUUUUUAAGCAUCAAAAAGUCAGUUAGAACUUUCUCUCCGCCAUAAGGCUCCAUGUAAUUUCAAAAUCUCAAACACAUAUUUCUCGAAAUAACAAAAACUGCACUUAUAUGCUUUGUCUCAAAGCUCCUCCAUUGUCGUUUUCAGUUUACAUUAUAAAGAGCAGUUAAACCCUCCUCGUAUAUGAAGGAACUAUGUGGAAUAAGUCAGUUAUUAAUGAUAACCUAUAUUUUAUAUGUCGGUGUCUGAAGCUUGGAAUCGCACACAUUUCUCGCCUCUCCUGAUACAAGACAACUCUAAUCUUGUCAAAGAAAAAUCCCUACCCCCGCAGAAAAAUUCAUCCAUCGUAAAAUAUGGAACUUGGUUUUUUUUGAGGGGGAAGCGUGAAUUAACUUAUAGUAAGAAAACGCUAUUUCCUCACUUAUAAAAUAAAUUUAGAAAGAUUCAAUGCGACGAUCAAACUCUACGCAAAAUGUAGAUGAGGAAGCAUCUGUUUUAGUGCUUAAUUUUGUAAACUGUUUAGUGGUCUAGCUCGGGUUUAAAUUUUAAGUUCUGACGACACUGGCAUAUCUUCUCUUAAAUCACAAGGCGAUUGAAGGCAAGAGCAUCAUCAAGAAGACAGAACCAGCAAUGUAUCCGGCAGCAAACACUGCCUCAGCUGAGUUUCAUCAAAGUUCAUCAUGAAAAUUCAAAUUCGACAGAGCCUCUCGAUGAAAUACUUGACGAGACUUCUUCAUGGGGCACCGCAUGGCUGUUAUUUAACAUGCAUCCUGAAGCUCAUCAGUCCGAUUCUGCAGCUUGAAACUUCGAUACCUCGCUUUUAUCGAUAGACUUCAAUUCGGCAGGGUGAUGACACCGGCUAUAGGAUUAGACUCCUGGUCGUGAACGCAAGGUUCCCGCCAAAAAAGUGAAUUCAAGCAAAAACAUACACCCUUUGCGUCUGCUGAAUAAAAUUUCGUGUUCAACUUUUAA